GUUUUGUCCAAUGCUAACUAUGGUCCGCGAAAUAGAUUUUCUGCGUCCCAUCCGGCAUUUCUAUCCCGGAGGACUCUGCUGCUUCGAAUACUGUUGCUAAAUGAUGAUUGGCUGCUCAAAAUCUUCUGCCGCGUGCUGAUUGGUCCAUGUCGGUCAAUCCAGACGACCACUUUUGUCUAGUUUUCGUCAGUCACCUGUAUGUUUACGUUCAUGCAUGUUGUGUGUGGGACUAAACGCCAGUUAUGUGAAUGGGAAGAGACGAAUUCCCCUAGCACUGGUCUGUGGUUCACAGACACUGCUCACCUCUACCCGCUGGUCACAACGAAACUGGCGGUUUAUUUACAGAAUUUCACAGCUGCUCUCCUGUUUUCUGAGCACUCUAUGCGUUUGGAUCGAGCAUGUGUGUUUUGCGAGUACAGUCGCUCCGCACUCGUCCGCUAGGAUAGACAGGACGCUUCGUUUGCAAUGUGACGGCUGUCAGAACUCAGCUUUUGGAUGUAUACACCAGAUUGCUGAUCAAUGUCUCAGGCAGAUUCACAUCUGCAUCCAAAUUGUUACUUUGACUUGUGGGGUUUUCUAUGCGCGUCUAUUGAUUUCUGAUCUCACCAAAUGGAUUUCCUUUGUUUAUGUUCUGGUGACAAAACUCCGAAAUUCACGAUGGAAUCAGUUUAGGUGGAGCUGUCCAAACUUUAUCCCUCAAUGUGUUUCCGUAUCCUUGAUUCUAUCGAUCCUUCCCACUCAGUCUCUUGGGCAAGCCGCCGAAGGUGUGACAACUCAGUCGAAAUCUCUGAACGGAUUGUCCCAAACUUUCAAACCUCGAAAUUUCCUCAGUAGUGGAGUAGAAAAAAAUCACCCGAACCCUUCGGAGCAACCAGGACGACAUAAGACAAACCAAUUCCCGUUUGAGGAUAUCGCAAUAACUCCCUCCGUUUCUGUGGAUGCAUAUGAGACGGCAUCUGCCGCACCUCUAAGAGGCUACACAAAAAAACAGCUCCCAGCAGCUUUCAUCCUCGUUGUUGUUGGGGUCAUCCUUGUGGCGCUACUCCUCUUGCUGGCUUUCUGGUGUGUUUAUCGAAAACGGGAGCGUCAGAAAAGCGCUACUUUCAAACAGGAUACGGAGUCUGCGUCUAUUUGUGAGUUUGGCGCCUCUGCGUCUGAAACUUUUCCUGACUCGGCUUCGCGAUCUAUAGUCAGGACGAAAGAAACCGAUGACGUCGUUAAUGAACAGUCUGUCGCUCGAGCCAAUAGGUCCUGCAUUUCUUAUUUCUGUUGUUGUAUCCCUGAACAUCCUCCCACUCAUCUCCACCAUGACACAUCCGCAUUAGAAUCAGCUGUCACAAUUGAAGCAGACAAAUCAUCCAAUGACGUUCCGGGACCUAGAAUUCAGUAUGGUGAGGCCCCACAAUCUGGUAGUGCUUUUAAAUGCGAAGCAGGUAUCGCGAGUGAGCGCCUUUCCUUGGAUUCAUCAGCUUCGCCCUCUCUGGCAGCCCGCCGCCGCGCUGCUCCUUUGCCACGACUAGUGUCUGCGCUACCUUCAGUUCUGUCACCUAGCCCCCUGAUUGAAACGCGAACAGUGCAGGUUCAACCAGCGGAGGCAUCUCACCUCGUUGGAGCAGCGGUGAACAAGGCUGAAGGCGCGUGUAUGCUUUCGAUCGCUGACACAAGUUAUCGAAAGCCCGAUGUACUCACUCAAGUAACCCUCAGGCCCAAAGCCAAUGGAAUGCCACUAGGUUCAAGCAAGCAUGUUAUCCAUUCGGAGCCACCACAGAGCACAACAUCAUUCAUUGAUUCUGCCUCACAUCUAACCACUGCACCGACUCAUCCAGUGAGACACCGAACCAGAGGAUUGCUGGAGAGUCGACGAGGGUCUCAUACAUCACUUACUCUAUGCCUUUCACCUUUUGUGGAUCCGAUAUUGGACACUACCGCCACAUCAACGGCCGGACGUGGUGGGAGUCUUGAUGAGGAAACGGGUCGUACACAGGCCGCGGUUCCUCACACUCGUUUUGCUGGCUUGAGUGCGUGUGAACCAAGAAGUUUAUACCACUCCACUCACACCACCUGUUAUGGCGGUAAAUCCGGGGAAGAUUUGGAUUCCGCCGUUCCACCUGCCACCUGUGAGGAUGUCCGCUGUCAAAUUAAACCAGUUCGGUCAGUUACAGAUCACACCAGCUUAGAAUUGAAUGCGACCAAAUCCGUCAGCGGGACUGGUGCUCUUUGUCGUGAACCCCUUGAUUCGUUGCUCAGUCGGCACCAGUAUUAUUCGCACCAUCAUUAUCUACAUCACCGACACUUGCACUACCGACCGACAGAUCCACACCAUCGCCUAGAACUUGGUCGUCAGUGUCCCCACAACACAUUGUCUCAGCAGCGCAGCCGCGAAGUUGAACAGUUAUUGAACGCUAGCCAACCAUUGACAUACGAAAAACUGGCCAGCAAGUUACGUGAUAACGCUCCAUCCUUGUUCCAGGAAUUCUGGGACAUUCCAAUGAACCACCCAAGCAAGAAGGAACUACCCAUAGUUGGAAUCGGACAGAAGAAUCGCUAUCAGUCAAUUCUUCCGAACUACUCAACAAGAGUUAUUUUGCCAAUACUAAAUAACGAUCCUGCCACAAGUUACAUCAAUGCCAAUUAUAUCCACGGCUAUGGUGGUCAACCUAACGCAUUCAUUGCGACGCAAGGUCCCAUGUCCCACACAGUCGUUGACUUUUGGCGGAUGGUAUGGCAUUCACAUGCUCCAGCCAUAGUGAUGAUCACAAAGUUGGUUGAACAGCAAGUGGUCAAGUGUGAGUUGUACCUUCCCAACUCUGUUCCGGAAACAGUCAUGUCUCUUACGCCGUUUGGUAUGACUCCCUCAUCCACAACCAGCAAUCACACAAGCUGCAGUUUCACAAGCAGUCCGUUCUCCUCCGACUCGCCUUCCCUAUCUGACACAUCCUCUGUACCUCGUUCAACACGACUGCACAGUUCCAAUCCUUUGGACAGUGGGAUGACCAGUCUGGAUGAGCAUAGUCUGGCGGAACCAGACGGAUCGAAGUCAACCAAAUUAAUUGAAUGUGCGAACCCUGAUGCUUGUCAUCUUUUGGCUUUACCGGGAUGUGCACAGUAUUUUGGGGACAUUUUCGUACGAGUCGACUCUUUGGAACGAUUUGAAGGUUACUCCGUCCGUGCGUUAACGUUACGGCAUAACAUGGAAGAGCGAAAGGUCGAACACUUUUGGUAUACCGCUUGGCCAGAUCACUCGUCGCCAGACACUACUCCGGCUUCUGCGCGUCAGCUCUUGCAGUUGGUCAACGCUACGGAAGCAUGCCGAAAACUUUCACCUCUGUUCCAUCCUCUCCCUUCAUCUUCCUCAACGGUGAAAGCAGAAUCAUCUACUAUCCAGCGUGAUCUUCUCGGGACUGUUAUGCCCAUCACUUCACUAGAAACCAUCCGAGGAUGUGAUCCGCACAAACAUCCUGCUGGUUCAACUACGCCAGCAACCACCACAUCUACUGCUGAUGGUCCAAUUAUCGUACACUGCAGUGCCGGUGUGGGUCGAACUGGGUGUUUCAUUGCUCUGUGCAUCGGUUGCGCCCAGCUUCAACGUGAAGGUGUCGUUGACAUAUUGCGUAUUGUGAGUCGCCUCAGGCUAGACCGAGGUGGAAUGGUACAAAGGAACGAGCAGUAUGAGUUCAUCCAUCAUGCUCUGCUCGAGUUUCCAGCCUAUCAGGAAUGUCAACGUCAAAGGGAAAAUCAAUAAUGAACGAUCGAUGCUACACGAAGUCCACAAGGGCCGGUUGCUUUUGCCACUACUACUAGACUACCUCCUUGUCUUUCGUCUAACUUGAUGUUCUGUUCCUCUACCUACAGGUUUCUGAACAUGGAGAUAAAGUUCCGGGUCACUCUGUAACACUGUUUGAGCAGCAACGGUGACAAUCAUAAAACCUACCCAUUCGUCUUUCACUUCAUUUUUGGUUCCUUUUUUCACCACAUAGACGCCGAUCAGAGCUACUUAUCGACUAUCCUCUUGCCUCAACCGUGGAUUAUUCCUCUCACUCUCCCUCUCAGAUGAACAAUCGUCUUUGUGUAGUUCUGUGCCCCGUGUAUUGGAUGGUUGUAACCGAAACAGACAAAUAAUUGCUGCGCUUUCAUUCGAGGAUCGCCUGUUACACCGCGGACACUGAUUCGCACACCUGACGGGUGGAGCGGCUUGUUCGCUUUUGCGUUGGCUUUCCACGUGCACACGUGCGAAUACAAAAAGCGCACACGAGCAAACAAAGAAAAAGACAUUCGGUUGGACUCCAUAUCCGCCCGCGUGUACUCUCUGCUCUGCAUAGGUGUCUGUAUACCCUUCCUGUAGGUAUGGGUUUGCAUUCCGAUCCAAUAUUUUGUCUCCAUGGUAAAGAGCAGGUAAGACGAACUUGUCCUGUGCACUAAGCCGUCGACCAGCUAUUGAUCGACGCUUUGUGCGUCUUGACGAUUGGAGGUUACCGACUUCCAUUCACUCGACGCUGCGCGUAUAUGCUAGUGGAAUGUCCAUUCAUUAGAAUGUGGAAAAGUGUCCAAUCACGUUCAAGUUUUCCUCUGAUCGCCCACGCGUGUCUGGUAGCCACAACCCAGACCGGCAGCUACCCAACGGACGUGCAUUUCCAGAUCUACCGACGCACCCAACAGCCAUGACGCCCACGGUGCUCAGUUGAAAGACUAGUAGACUAUUGCCCGACCGAUUCCCUGAAACAUCACGUGUCGCGCACAUCCUCGCUCGUACCUGAGGCGUUCCCUUCUGUGCAUUGCUUGGUGUGCUUUAAAAGGGAAUAUCCGUGAUUUUACCACAUUUUUAAAAGGAUUUGUUGGGCUUCCCCAUUUUUGUUCGUCUGCCCAUCUAGACGUUUGUAUUUUGCGAUUCCCUUUACGAGCGUCAAGAAUUAAUUGCAGACCACUUCGUGCUGUUCAUUUUUCACAUCACCCUCGUCUACAAUGUUCUUGUGUUUUUUACACGCCUCAUCCCCAGCAAAGCAGUUUGAUCAGAUGUUUACCUCCACAACAGCACCUACCUUUCACAAGAUUCAUGCAUUUCACCGUGGUUGUUUACACUGAACAGAUCACAAUAGUGUUUAGCAUGUACAGUUUUGACUUAUCAUUAUUUCGUAACUGUGAGUAAUUCUGUUGCCAUCUUUCAUUUUAUCUGCUGCAUUGAUCAAUCGGGCAUCAUGCAAGCUGAAAAACUACAGGUGAAGAUGACCGGGGCCCUUUUGCCCCUCAUAGAUCCCAUCUCACUCCGUUGUGGCCGUGCAUCAUGGUAUUGAAAAUCCGCGCUUGCUGCCACAGCAUGUUUUUUAUCUAUCUACCUGUCUAUCAAUAUUUCAAUUUCUUCUCACUAGUAUGGUUAUUAUCAUUUGUAUUUUUGUAAUAUCUUUUUCAGUCUUUUUUCUCAAUACUCUGUGUGAAACUACGCUGUGUGCGAACCAUGGAAUUAGAUCAAUUCGAAA